AACAAAGAAUAUUCAAAUGUUAUCUAUAUCGUGGCAACCUAUAUAUGAAUGUAUAUAUAUACAUAUAAUUGGUUCGGCAACCGUCCUAUUUAAAGUAGCAUUGGAACUGUAUUUGAUACAAGUGGUUGAGAUCCUCAUAAAUAUUGUGGCUAAUUUUCUAGAUACAAAUUAAAUAUGCGUGAGAUUUUAUAUACAUUCACACAAUCACAUUCGCAAAAGCAACACAAAAUUUCUUUACUCAUUCUCCAUACUAAGAAUUCUGUGUUGGUAUCCAUUUACAAACACAUCAAAUACCCGAAUUCGAAACAUCUUGAAGCAGUCACAUUUCAUACCGAUCCAUCAAUUCGGUCGAUAUUUUCUAAAGAUUCUGUGAAACUGAUCUCUCUUGCACGUCCGUCUUUGGUCUCGUUACAAAACCGGCUCGAGAUGGCACCGGUUAUUAUGAAAAAGUGUUACACGGUUCGACCGGCUGAACCAACAAGGAUCGGACGGUUUCCGUUAACCGAAUUGGACCAAGUGAACACCAUUAACCACGUCUCCAUCGUUUACCUGUACAAAAAACCAGCCGAGAGUUUCAAAGGCAACGUCGUCGAAAUCCUCAAGAGCUCGUUGAGCCGGGCGCUUUUCCAUUUUUACCCUUUGGCCGGCCGUUUGCGGUGGUCCUCCGGCAGCCGGCUCGAGCUCGAUUGCAAUGCUGCCGGCGUUCCGUUCGUCGUGGCGGAAUCCGAGGCCGAGCUGUCCGACUCCGACGACUUCUAUCUGUUGCCGGAAUACGAUAAACUUGUGGCGCAAGUAAACUACAAGAACCCGAUAGAGAAGAUCCCUCUUUUGCUGAUUCAGAUCACGAAAUUCAAGUGCGGAGGAUUCAGUAUCAGUGGUAACGUUUCUCACGUCAUCGUCGACGGGCAAAGCACCUUUCACUUCAUCUCCGAGUGGGCGAGAAUCGCCAGAGGAGAGCCUCUUGGUGUGAUCCCGUUUCUUGACCGGAAAAUCCUCCGGGCCGGCGAACCUCCGGCGAUGGAUUCUCAGCCGUUGGAUCGUAAGGUUCUCGAUCAGCCGCCGUCGAUGAUAAACGAAGAGAGGGAGAAGAACAAGAAGAAGAAGACGAAGGUGGCGAUGCUGAGACUGAGCAAGACGGACGUGCAGAAGCUUCGGAACAGAGCCAACAUGAGCGAAUCCGCCGAUCCGGCCAGAGGGUUUACACGUUACGAGGCGGUGACAGGGCACGUGUGGCGGUCCGUGAGCAGGGCACGUGGCCACCUCCCUCAGCAGCCGACGGCCGUGGGACUCUGCAUCGACUCACGCAGCAGAAUGCAGCCUCCUCUUCCUCAGGGCUAUUUUGGGAACGCCACUGUUGACGUGAUUGCUGUCAGCACCUCUGGGGAGUUGAUCUCGAAGCCACUGGGGCAUGCGGUGAGAAAAAUCCGAGAGGCGAUAAAGAAAGUGACGGACGACUACGUGAGAUCGGAGAUAGAGUAUCUGAAAAGGCAGGAGGAUCUGAGAAAGUUUCAGGAUCUACAUGCCUUGGGAGGCACGGAAAGACCGUUCUACGGAAACCCUAAUCUCGCAGUCGUGAGUUGGCUGAACCUUCCCAUCUGCGGGUUCGAUUUCGGGUGGGGAAGCGAGGUUUUCAAAGGGCCCGGAACCUACGAUUUCGACGGCGACUCCCUGCUCUUGCCCGACCAUGACGACCCUGGCUCCGUCGUUCUUGCUCUGUGCCUUGAAGAGUCUCAUAUGGAGGCUUUCAAGAAGUAUUUCUACGAAGAUAUCUAAUUUUUUUUCAGUGUUAUAGCUAUUUAUUUAUAUCGGUGGACGAUUAUUACAUGAAUGCCAUUGCAUCCUUUUAUAUAUAUAUAUAUAUAUAGUUCUGCUUCUUGCAUGGAUCUGUAACAAUUUACGUUACCAAAGAACACGUAACCAAUGUUGUGUUUCUGUCUU